AUGACGACAGGUAAUCCACAGAACGCUUUAGAAGCUUUAGACGCCCCGAUAUAUAUAGCAGACAGUAAAUUCUUCUCUAUUUCUGAAAAGUCUAAUUCAAAUGAAAAAGUGGGCGUCAAAUUGUAUUACGAAAGCCUAUGUCCAGCAUCUAUAGCGUUCUAUAUAACCAAUUUCAGAAAAACUAUAGAGAAACUAAGUCAGUAUUUAAAUGUUUCCACUUACCCAUAUGGAAAUGCACAGACCAUUGUAGACAAAAAUAAAAUAACAUUCAUAUGCCAGCAUGGACCUGCCGAGUGCUACGGCAACAAGCUGCACGCUUGCACAAUUGACAACUUUCAGAACAUUACAAAAGCCAUUAUUUUUAACGCAUGUAUGAUGGAUGAAAAUCGUGUCUCUGACGACACUGCUGCUGAUAAGUGCGCGACACUCAUGGAUGUCGAUUCCAAACCAAUAAAAGAAUGUGCCAAAGGAUCUAAAGGAAUAAACAGCUCU